AUGGGUAUCCCGCAGCUCUUUGGAGCUGCCCUACUUCUCGCAGCAUCGACAGCAGCGUACCAUAUCCGACAAGCUGAAAACCAGACAAACCAGAUCUUACCUGUGAUAGAUUUGGGUUAUGAGCUUUACCAAGCCUCGAAUUUCAAUGAGACCGGAAGGUUCUACAACUUCUCAAAUAUCCGAUAUUCUGCGAAACCGAUUCGAUUCGGGCUCCCCAAAGAUCCAGAGAUAAAUCGCACCGUAGUCCGUGAUGGGAAUGAUGGUAGGAGAUGCCCUCAAUCUGGGCCAGCCUGGUUUUUCCUCGGGCAAAAGUGGCUUUCACGCCUCGUUCUUGGAACGCCGUGCGACGAAUGUUUUCAGCCCUACGUUCCCUUAGGAGCAAGUUGGAAUCUGCCCCUCGCGCCACCGGACCGUCGUGAAAUGGAAGACUGUUUGUUCCUCGACCUGUUUGUUCCGGAGAAAGUUCUUAAAUCAACUGGCAAGGGCCGCGGCGCUGCAGUUCUUGUAUGGUUCGCUGGAGGUGGCUAUGUAUUCGGCACAAAGGAAGAAAAUCCGGCUGGCUUGUUCGCCGCGAGUGAUCCAAGGAACAUCACUAACAGCGAUAUCAUUUACAUUUCGAUAAACCAUAGAAUGGGGGCGAUGGGAUUCAGCAGCGGCCCGCUUUACCAGUCCGAAGGCGGUAUCCCCAACCUUGGCCUACGUGACCAGCGUUUCGCGCUGGAGUGGAUACAAAAGUAUGUCCACUUGUUUGGUGGCGACAAAGAUCGUAUUACGCUAUUUGGAGAAAGCUCCGGUGGAGGAUCUAUCAUGCACCAAAUGACUGCUUAUGGCGGGACGAAGGGGCCUGUACCUUUUCGACGGGCAGUGCCACAAUCUCCCGGAUGGAUACCAAUCACUUCCACAAUGCAGCAGGACGAGAUCUAUCGCCUACUUCUCAAUAUAACGAAUAGCUCAUCUAUCGCCGAUUUGCGAAAGGUCUCCGAAGCAGACUUCAUGAGAGCCAACUCUCUAAUGGUUGGCUACAACACGACAUACAGCAAUUUUAUGUACAGCCCUGUCAUUGAUGGGGACUUUACGCCGGAGAUUCCCAGUCAACUGUUAGCUCAAGGAAGAUUUGACAAGAACGUUCAGGUUUUUUACAGUUUGGUCACUCACGAGGGAGAUUUCUUCACAUCACCCUACAUAAACACCAGCGAAGCUCUCCAGGCCAGCCUAGUCACCAUAUUCCCGUACAUGAGCUCAAGAUCGCGAGAUCAUAUCUUGAACACAUUGUAUCCACCAAUCUUUAACGGCUCCUAUGGAUAUAAGAGCGAGUACGAACGCGCCUCUGCCAUCAUAGGAGAGAGCAUCAUCUCAUGCAACACGAAAUACCUCGCAGAUGCCUACAACAAUAAACUAUAUUCGUACCUCUUCGCAAUGCCACCAGCCUACCAUGGCAUGGACAACUUGUACAAGUACUAUGACGGAGGCGCUAUCUCAGACGUCAAUGUGAACAUGGUUAUGAAUAGGACUGUUGCGACCGUGCUACAACAAUUGCUCGUGUCGUUCACGAAGACUGGGAUUCCGGUAGCAGAGGGUGUGGAACAAAUCAGCAUGUAUGGAGAGGACUCUUCGAUGCUUCUGCUCAGCAAUGCAACGGGCUUCAGGAAAGUGAAGGACACAACUUCGGCUGCGAGGUGUUCUUGGUGGCAGAAAGAGCGGUACUCAUAG